ACAUAAUGCUCUUAUGGCUGCAGCUCUAUACAAAUCUUCUUUUCCAGUCAUAUCUUUUGUUAGACUAGAGGUCACUAUGAUCACAUCUUCCACCAAAGAACUGAGUUCUUUGAUACCUAGAUACACCAAACGUCUUAGCAUAACAUCCUUGGAUUGAAACAAUUUGGUCAUAGCAAAAAACGCUUCUGUGGCCUCCAUUGUCCCUAACUGUUCUCCUUGAUUCAACAGGUACAAUAGUUUUGUAAGAAUGUGCGCGCAUUUUAUUGGAUUAACUGGUGUAUUAUUAAAGGUACGUGCUUCCUGGAGAACAGUUGUCUUCUCCAAAUUUUGGAAAGGAUUCCCUCCACCUAAAAAAAAAGAUUACGUUAAGUAAAACAUAAUAAAAUCGACCAUCUGAAUGUCACUCGGGUAAGAGAUACAGAUGGAAAGAUUUCAGUGAAGGAAUACUACUGUUUCUUCGAACUUUUACGAAAAAGACGUCUCAACCUGUUCGGUAGGAACUGUCACAAGGAUGUGGCUGACCCAUUUAGUUUCGAUUACAACUUAAAAUUGACAUUAAUAAGAGAGCCAAGAAACUGAAAAAUAGGAUAAACGUCAACUUAACUCUUUUAUGUCGGAAUGGUUGGAACCAUUGCGCAUCAUUGUGUAUAUUGUGCAUGAGAUGAGAACACUGUUGUGUCUACGGUGGCGAGAUAUUGCAACUAAAAAGCCAUAAAUAAUUAGACAUUCUACUGCAUUAUUGUAAAAGUAUUGGUUCAAUAUGCGGAAUACAAAAUAUACGAAUAAAGGCGACAAAAAGAAACUUUCUUGGAUUUAUCGAAAGAAAAUAAAGACACAGAAAGCUAGUAGAUCAGUACAGAGCUCAAGUGACAAUGCAAAUGACAAUAAAAAGCCCAGAAUUAUUAUUCGUAAUCUCUCGUUUAAGGCAACAACAGAGGAUAUUAAAACGUUGUAUGAGCCAUUUGGUCAGAUAGAAGAAAUAAAUUUUCCAAAACGUGCUGAUGGUUCACCUGUGGGAUGCUGCUUUGUUCAGUUUAAACAAUUAAAAGAUGCAUCAAAGGCAAUAUUUAACACAAAUAAAAAGGAAUUCCUUGGCAGAGUAAUAAACAGUAGUUGGGCUAUUUCAAAGUCUAAAUACUGUGAAAAGUUAAAAAAGGAUGCUGCAGAAAAUGUAGAUGAAGCAGUGAAUCAAGAUGAGGAAGAUAACCAAAAUAACGAAGUCAAUGUAAGGAAAGAAUUUAAUCUAGGUGAAGAUUUUGAUCUAGGUGAAGAUGAUCAAGAAGCAGAAGAAGAUUAUCAAGAUGAAGAAGGUGAUCAAGAAGCAGAGGAAGUAAAACAGGAAGAAUUGAAGCCAAUAAAGAAAGAAAAAGAUCUUUCUAAAAAAGAGGAAACAGUACAGAUAAGGAACGAACGUAGAAAGUUAGCGAAGGAAAAAAGCAGGAAGAGAAGAGCAAGGAUAGUAAUAAGAAAUUUAUCAUUUGAGGCCACUGAGAAACAUCUGAGAAAAUAUUUUUCUCAGUAUGGAGCAAUAGAAGAUGUAAACAUCUUAAAACGAAAUGAUGGAAAAAACGUUGGCUGUGCAUUCUUGCAAUUUGAGCUUGUGCAAAGUGCAGCGAAAGCUAUACAUUAUGCAAAUCUGCAACCGCUUCUUAAUAGACUCAUGGUGGUUGAUUGGGCAGUUCCUAAAAAUAAAUUUGCCAUAAAUGAUAAUAACAUAGACGAAAAUCAAGGAAAGGUGGAAGUUGAGGAAGGUAAUGGAGAAAAAUUGAAGGUUGAGAAAGAUAGCCACACUAAAGACACACCUGCUGCAGAAACUGCAGAGAAAUCAAAUUCAAGUGAAGAAGUAAGUAGCAAUAGAGAACAUGUAGAGGCUUCAUCAGAAUCAGAUCAAUCUGACAACGAUGAUGAAGAGGUAAACACUGAACUAGAAAAUAAGGACGAAACCAUUGAUGAGGAAUUACCUGAAGAUGACAAAGAAGAUAUAAAAGAAAUAGAGAAAGAAAAUGAUGUGGAAGAACAAAAACGGCCACGUUAUGAGUCGCAUGACGUUUCUGAGGGAAAGACGAUCUUUUUAAAAAACGUGCCAUUCUCUGUGAAGAACGAGCAAUUAAAGGAAUUCAUGCAACAAUUUGGACCCGUUUAUUAUGCUCUCGUGUGCAUAGAUCCACUUACUGAAUACUCAAAGGGCACCGCAUUUGUUAAAUUUAAGAACAUUGAAGAUGCUGAGAAGUGUUUGGCCGCAGGAACGGGUUUGGAAAUAGAUGAUCAGAUAAUGGAAGCGCAAAGAGCGAUAGACAGAAACGAGAUUGAAAGUAAAGCGAAGUCGAAGCAACUGAAAUAUAAAGAUACUCGGAAUCUGUACCUUGUGAAAGAAGGCGUUAUAAUGGCAGGGAGUGCAGCUGCCAGUGGAGUUUCGGCAACAGAUAUGGCGAAACGAUUGCAAAUGGAGCAAUGGAAGUCACAGAUAUUGCGCAAUUUACACAUGUUCGUGUCUAGAAGUAGGCUCAUCAUUCAUAAUCUACCAUCUACAUUAGACGAUGCAAAACUUAGAAAAAUCGCUGAACGUUAUGCACCUACAGGAGCAAUCGUUAGAGAGGCACGGGUCAUGCGAGAUCUCAGAAAUGUCGACAUGAAAGGAGUAGGCAAGUCCAAAGAACAUGGAUUCAUUUCGUUUACAAGACACGAGGAUGCACUCGAAGCAUUGAGAAAUAUAAACAAUAAUCCAAAGAUCUUUAAUCCGAAGAGACGACCGAUAGUAUCCUUUUCGAUAGAAAAUCGAGUUAUGCUGAAUGCUAGACAGAAGAGAACUGAAAAGAGUCGUGAAAACAAUCCUACUUGGCCAGGAAACAAAGCAAAAAGGAAAGGAGAAGAAACGAACGAGGGACCUCUGUUGAAGAAAUCCAAAUUCGGAAAUUCGAGUAAAAUCGAGAAUAAUGAGCCAAGAAAAAAACCAUUUGUAGGAAUGGUUGCUAAGCCUGGUGAAAAUAAAAUGCGAUCGAAGUUCAAAUUAAAAAAUCAAGCUGCAGUACAUCAUCAGUCAGUGAAAAAAGAGAAAAAAUUGAAAAAGUCUUCUCAAAAAUUGAAAGAGAAACGAAGAAAUAGAAGAGAAAAUAAAAACGAAGUAAAAUCAAAACAGAAGAUGAAAGUAAAAGCCGCAGAUAUGAAUUUGGAUAGACUUGUAAAUAAUUAUAAAAAUAAAUUAAAGUCGAUAGAAUUAAAGAAGUCCAAGUGGUACGAAUCAUAAAUAUAUGGUAAAAAACAUUGAAACUGACAUAAUCUUCUUUCAAAUUGUAAAAAUAAUAAUAUAAAGUCAAGGAUGUAAUUAGAAAUAUAUGCCAGUAUCUUACAUCUUAAUUUUUAAUAAUCCCGAAAUGUAUAUGACUUAUUAUACAUUAAAGAUGGAAUUGCAUUAAAACUGAUCACAUUCUGUAAAA